AUGGCUGACAGCGUCACCGUCCCAACUCCGCCCCCAACGGAGAAAACCUUCCGCGCCUUCACCCAGGCACAAGGUGCGUCAUACGCUCAAGGCAGGCUAGGCUACCACCAAGCUCUUUACAAACAAAUCUGCGACCAUCAUACUUCAACAGGAGGGAAACUCGACACUCUCCUAGACGUCGGUUGCGGACCGGGCACCGUGGCCCGCGAGCUCGCCCCGCAAUUUGCACGGGCCAUCGGCCUGGACCCUGCCGAGGGUAUGAUCGCGGCGGCCCGGUCCCUGGGCGGGUCCUCCUCUACCUCGGAGCCGAUCCGCUUCGACGUCUCCACCGCCGAAGAGCUAGGGUCAAAUCUCUCUCCAUCCAUCCCCGACGCUAGCGUAGACCUCAUUACGGCGGCUACGGCGGCGCACUGGUUCGACAUGCCCGGGUUCUGGGCCGCUGCCGCGCGCGUGCUGAAGCCAGGCGGAUCAGUGGCGAUCUGGACGGGAAGCGCGAAAUAUGUGCACCCUGCGACGCCGAAUCUGAAGCGGUUGCAGGAGACGCUACUCGCGUUUCGACAGGAGCAUCUGGUGCCAUACAUGGUUCAUGGGAAUCGUGUGGGCGAGGCAAUGUAUGCGACGCUGCCGCUGCCGUGGACGCUGGAGAAGCCGGUGACUGAGUUUGACGAGAGCACCUUCUUCAGGAGGGAUUGGAACAAGGAUGGUGUGCUGACGCCGGGGGACGAGUACUUCUUGGCGCAGCAGGUGUUUGGGAUGAACGACAUCGAGAAAUUCUUGGAGACUGUGAGCCCUGUCGCGCGGUGGCGUGAGGCACACCCCGACGCCAUCGGGACAGAGCAGGAUGUGGUCAAGAUGCUGAGAAAUCAGAUCGAGACUUUACUUUCUGAAGCAGGGGUAGAGAAGGGUAAGGAGGCCAUCAUCACUAGCGUCUCCGGGGUUCUUUUAAUGGUGAAAAAGAAGGCGUAG